GGCUGCCACCGGACUAUGUAUUAAGCAAAACAAUUUUAAUUGUUUAUGAACAUAUUUCAUUAACUUUUGUCCACUCCGCACUAAAUCCUUCGAUUUUUUACAGUUUGACCUAAAAUCUACAGCUUGCGGCCAGGGUGACCAUACUUCGGCUGCAGAUAAAAUACCCAGGAAAAUACUGAAUGGCAACACGUGCAGUCCAGUCCAGAUAACAUAAUUUACAUUUGAUCUGUUGAGCAAAAUGGGUAAAAUUAAGAAAAUUCAACGGAAAGGGCCACCGGCCACGAAACGUCCGCCAAAAGCCGCUCGAACAGAAUCUGCAGACUCUGCGUUGGGUCUUGAUGCACACAGUGAUCUGGAGAAGCCAGCCACAAGCAGCGAUGAUGGUUUCGAGGAGCCGACGCCAAAGCCAAAGCCAUCCAAGAAGACCACAACAUUGCCAGGACCCGUCUCGAUCAUUGCGCAAAAGAAGAACAAGUUCAGGACAGACGAUGGGAAGAAUGUGAAGCCACCGACGCUGGAGGAGAUGAAAGAAUUGCGUGACACACGCAAUCUCUUUCACUCGAAUCUCUUCAAGCUGCAGGUCAAAGAGAUGCUGGAGGAGAUCCAACUAAAGACCAAGUACACCGAGUACAUAGACAAUUGGAUGGAAUCCUUUACAGUCUUCACACAGCGGCUGAAAGAUGGCUUGGUGGAGAAGAGCCAGCUGGAAGUGCCCUUGAAUGUGGACAAGAAGAUAUCGGGCUUUAUCUUCUCCAAGCCCACGAAAGAGCCUCAACUGAUUGGUGCUGCCUCCACGGGUACUUUGCUGGGCCCAAAGAUCGUAGUAGAUGUGGCCCUGGAGAUGCCCAAGGACUGUCUACACAAGGAUGACUAUCUAAACCUUAUAUACGAUCAGAAGCGGGCCCUGUACCUGACCUACGUAACGAAUCAGAUGAGGAGCGAUCCGGCCUAUUCCCAGGAUAAUUUUGCCUUUAACUAUCAUGGCAAUAAUCCUCUCAAGCCAGUGCUGGAGCUAACGCCAGCCGCCAAGCAGGUGUCAAAGCACCUACAGCUGCGUUUGUUUAUCACGGCGCCACAGAGCACCUUUAAGCCGGGCAGAUUUGUGCCCUGGAACAAUAAUAUACGGCCCACAUACUAUAACGAUGAGUGGGAUGAGGAGGAGGCACUGCCGUCCACACAGCACUAUAAUGCCAGUGUUCUGUUUGACCUGACGCUGGCCCAGAACCAGGCACUCCUCGACAAGGCCUUCAAGGGCAGACGCAACUUUCAGGACGGUCUAUUGCUGCUCAAAGUAUGGCUGCGUCAGCGGGAGCUAGACAGAGGAUUCACUGGCUUUGGUUCGCACAUCCUGGCGGCGUUCAUCGUGUAUCUAAAUCAACAGCGCAUACUGCAUCAGUCGAGCAGCAGCUACCAAGUGGCACGCACCGUUUGGAAUCAACUGGCCAACACAGACUGGACGAAUGGCAUCACCCUAGCGCCCGCCUCAGGCCAAACAGAGCAGCUGAGCACCAUGGCCGGCUACUACGAUGUGUGCUUCAUGGAUGUCUCCGGACAGCUCAAUCUCUGUGCGAAUGUGCCGCUGGGAGUGUACCAGAGGGUCCGAGCAGAGGCUAAACUAGCUGUAGACUUACUGAAUGAUAUGAAAUUGAAUAGUUUCCCGUACAUUUUCAUGCAAAAGUGUCCACUGUACACGCGCGUGGAUAACAUACUAAAGAUCACAAACUACUCGAGUAUACAGCAAAUGCUUGUUCUUCAUUCGAAGCCGCAGAUGAAGUACGAUUUUGCGAGUUAUGGCUAUCCUCAGCUGCUGCAAAUCCUGACAGAGCUUCUGCAAAAGGGACUUAAGCAACGUGUCCAGGCCAUUCUACCCAUAGAAACCGUCAGCAGUGCAUGGCCCGUCGAGAGCAAGGCCCCUAUCAUCGGACAAUCCAUACAGCUGGGUCUCAUACUCGAUCCAGAGCAUGCGUAUGAAGUGCUCGACAAGGGACCGUCAUCCAACGAUGAUCCCGAGGGAUCUGCCGAGUUUCGAAAGUUUUGGGGCGAUAAAUCCAAUCUGCGACGCUUUCAGGAUGGCAGCAUCACGGAGGCUGUUGUGUGGGGCACAACCAAAGAUGCGCCAAGCAAGAAGCGACUGAUUGUGCGGCAGAUCGUGAUGCAUCUGCUGGAGCAUCAUCUCCAGCUGGACAGCAAGGAUAUCCAGUAUAUUGCAGCCGACCUAGAUUUGGUCUAUCAGCUAUCGCCCUGGUUUAAGGUGUCCAAAGUGAAGACCAAACUGGAGCUGCAGCAGGACACGGAUGCGGAGGCACUGAGUCCCAAUGUGAUACGCUGCUAUGAUGAUUUGGCGCGCCAACUCCAUGCGCUGGAUGAUCUGCCCCUGGAGAUUGUGUCCAUUUCGAGCAUAUCCCCGGUGUCCCGCUACUGUGAACCGAUGCCGGUGCUGCCGCAGGCUCGCAUGAUGGCCGACCACAUCCAUGCCAGCCACAUCCAGCGGGUAAUCAUUCAGCUGGGACAGAGCGGCAAGUGGCCAAAUGAGCUGAGCGCCCUGAGAGCACUCAAGACGGCAUUCCUCAUUGAGAUUGGCGAGAAAUUGAAGGCGCAGUGUCGUCUCAACUGGUCCAUUACCUCUGAGGGCCUGCUGGUCCUCAAGCGGGGCUUCUGUUUCCUGCUGGAGCUGGCUCACAACAAAGAGCUGGCUCUGCUCAAGCAGGAGGUCACCGAACGGGGAGUGACGAAGUAUGUGGAUAACCCCGAGAGUCGUGCCCUGGAGCAACGGCACUACAUCCUGCCCAAGGUCAGUGGAGCACUGCAUUCCCUGCAUCAGUCGCACUCCGCCUAUGGGCCGACUGUGCUGAUUGCCAAGCGCUGGCUGGCCACUCAACUGCUGGAUGACGGGAUCUGGCCCCCGAUGGCCACAGAGCUGCUGGUUGCCCAUCUGUACCAGCAGCGAAAUGCUCCUCAGGCCAUAGCGGCACCCCAAACAGGAUUCAUACGGUUCCUGCAUCUGCUCGCGCACAGCGAUUGGAAUGGAGAACUCUUUCUGCUGAACUUCAACAGCAGCUGGCAGGAACAACAAAUUGGCGAUCUGGAGCACAGUUUCCGCAGCGAUCGGCAGAGCUACCCGCCCCUGGCCCUGGCCACUUCGUACGAUCAACAACACGCCGGCCGUCUGUGGACCACCGGGGAGUCGCCCAGUCUGCGUAUCCUCUCGCAUGUCUCUCGAUUGGCCCGCCAUGCACUGGAGAUGAUUGAGACCAGUCUGCAGUCGAAAGAUCUGAGAUUUGUGCGCCCCGCGCAGCUGUUUCGCGGCUCCAGCGAGGGCUACGAUUUGGUGAUACAACUCAAGUCGGACUUGGUGCCCAAUGCUCUGAGCUAUGAUCUCGGUUCGCCCUUUGUGUCCUUUGAUCAACCGAAUUACCUGUUGCCCAGAGCAGGAAAGGACCCACUGGCAGCGAUUGUCCAUCAAUUGAGAUCUGCCUAUUCGGACUAUGCUGCCUUCUUCUACAAUCCCCAUGGCGGCAAGGAAUUGGCCAUUAUGUGGCGUCCCCCAGCAGUGUUUGCACCAAAAGCCUUUAAGGUCACGGAGCUACAGGCGUGCACGCUCUGCGACAAGGGCAAGGUUCAGGUGGUGAGGGAAACCCUAGUGGAGGACUUCAAAGUGCUGCUCAAGGACUUUUAUCUGCGCAUCAGUACGCCGGAAGAGCUCAAGCGAGAGCAGCGUGAGCACCAGAAUCCCAAGAGGUAUUUCAAUGCCAAGCCGCAGGAUAACGAAUCCUGUUCCAAGUCAAAGAAGCGUAAGCUGGCAAAGGCAGCAAAGGUGCAAGCUCCAUUGAAAAGGAAAUCUCUCAUCAAGAGCAGACCCCUAAAAUCGUUGAGCUAGUUAUAGCUGCUAUAUAGAAAGUAAGGAUGCACCACAAGGAUUCAUAAUUAAAGCUAGAAGAUAGUUAAGCCAGA